AUGUCGUGGCUUUGUGCACAGCCGGAAACCGGCCGAAUUGGAUUGUUUGUCGUGACAGGCACACCGGGAAUUGGCAAGACUUUAUUCUUGGGCUUUAUGGCUGCAGUUCUGGCUGCAGAGCAGAAAUAUCAUAUCGUUGUCCAGCAUGGGGGCAUGUGGUGGUCGCGACAGGUUGGUGGGAAAACGACGGCUCACGACAAAGCAGAGCCCGUGGGGCUUCUUCGAAAAUCCGACACUUUGUUGUUAGCAGACCCUCAUGGAGGCGAUGGACGUGUGGACAUACAACCGCGUAUGGCAGGAUGCACACUGGUUUUCACCUCACCGUCCAAGAAGAGCUAUGACACGCCGUAUAAACAGCAAAGGAACCACAGCACCAUCCGCUACAUGCCUGUUUGGUCAGUCGAUGAGGUCUUGACCCACAGAAAGAAGUUGUUCCCGAAAAGUUCUGAAGAUCAGAUCAGGCUGGGGCAUUCACUUUUGGGUGGAAGUCUGCGAUGGUUGGGGCAGCUCUUGAACAGUGAAGGUGACUUGGACGUCGCCGCCCGUGAUAUGGUUCAGCAAAGCAUGCACAACUGCACCUAUGACAACCUUUUCGAAGCGGCCUCGAGUGUGCCAUCCGAUAUGCAAGGCGGACACAGCCACAUGAGUCUGCUGUUGCAGAUUCAUUCUGAAUGUCCUUUUGUCAAAUCAACUACGGAGCUUGUUGAGUCAUCCGUUGUCAGCGAGGCGAUUCGCGACAAGCUGGAUGCCAAUAGCAGAGCAGCACGUCCGCGCUUCAUCAACGCAUGUUUGGACAUACCUGCCCUCGGCUCAUUUGUUGGGGGCCUUCUCCAAGAUGAGGUGUAUGAGAAACUUACACAGGGUGAUGCGAAUCACAUUCUGAAAGUCAGGUCGUUGUCAUCCGAUGAGACUUCUGACGUGCAGGUACCGUGCCUUGUCAGGACACUCCGCAGGAAAGAAGGCAAACCAAUUUCCAAACAACCCUUGGAGCCUGGCUGUAUUUACCACCCAAAGAAUAAGAUCUUCCCAGCUACAGACUUUUUCUUUGUGAUCGACAGCAGUGGCAGCUUGGUGCUGUGGCUGUUGCAGAUUACCAAGAGCGCUUCGCACGACUGCAAGAUGGAGAGAAUGAAGGACAUGUUUGAGGAGUAUUUCAAGGCGGAGACGCUGCACAAGAUCGGCAUCAUUAAAUGGGUUGUUGUUACGCCUGCACAAAUCGGGAAGAAAUACCAUGCAGAGCAAACCGUCAAGGGCGCAUGGACGAAGACGGACAAGACGGCAGUCAAGGUAGAGCAAUACGUCUCGGCCUGGAAGGUUUGA